GGGAGGCCCUCUUCAAUCCAGCAAAGGGUAAUUGCUCCUUUCUGUGAAGGUUUGGGUGUGAUUCUACAAGAUCCAUAUGGAACUGGGAUGUUAGAAACAUUCUGUAUUGGAAUUCUGAAGAAGCUUGAUUAUGGAUUGGUUCAUUGCCAGGCUUUGGUUUUGGCCCCAACCAUGGAGCUGGUUUUACAGAUUAAGGAGGUUAUGCAAGAUCUUGGUAGAUUCCAUGGUGUAAAGAUUCAUGCAUGUGUCGGGGGGACAAGUGUUCCGAAGGAGGAUCGUCAGCGCUUUCUCAAAGUUGGUGGUGUUCACAUUAUUGUUGGUACUCCGAGGUGUGUGUAUGACAUGCUGCAGAGGGGGCGUACUCGCCUAGAUUGCAUAAAGAUGUUUGUUAUGGAUGAGGUUGAUCAAAUGCUUUCACUUGGUUUCAAGGAUAAGAUCGAUGAAAUCUUCAAGCUACUACCAUGCAAAAUUCAGGUUGGAGUAAUCUCUGCUACAAUGCCACCUGAAGCCCUUGAGAUUACUAGGAAGUUCAUGAAAAAGCCUGUGACAAUUCAGGCAAAGCCUGAUGAGCUGACCCUUGAGGGUAUCAAGCAGUUUUAUGUCGAUGUUGAGAAGGAAGAGUGGAAGCUAGAGACACUAUGCGACAUCUUUGAGCUGACCGUUAAAGCUAAAUCGAUCACUCAUUGUAUUGUCUUUGUGGAUACCAGGUGCAAAGUGGAUUGGCUCACGGACAAGAUGCAAAGCAGAGAUCAUAAAGUGUCAGUCAUCCAGAGUGACAUGGACCAGAACACUAGGGAUAUCAUUGUGCGCGAGUUCUUUUCCCAGUCUGGCUCUCCUCAUGUUCUCAUUACCACAGACCCCUUGGUUUGUGGUACAGAUGUGCAUAAAGUAUCUCUGAUCGUAAACUAUGAUCUCCCAGCUGCGCCUGAAAACUAUCUUUAUCGUAUAGGCCGCCGGAGUGGGCAAUUUGGAAGAUGUGUUGCUAUAAACUUUAUGACAAAGGAUGAGGCUACAAUGAUCAUAGAUAUUCAGAAAUUCUACAAUAUGGUUAUAGAGGAGCUGCCAUAUAAUUUUGAUGAGUUGCUCUGA